CUUUGUGGGGAGCAAUGUCAGUGAGAGGAAAGGGGGGGCUGAUACUGACGGCCUGAACCCCCCACGUUUUAUUCAGUUUUCUACUGAGAAAUUCCUUUCAUGGGUGACGUUGGGAGAAACAAUUGGGAAGAUGAAGCUGCAACUGACUCUCAUUGUUCUGUUUGUUGUUCCUGCAAUGGGAGGAGCCAGUGACUGCUCCAUCAGUGAUGUCAUUGCCUUCAACAGCCUCAUAAAGUCUACGGUGGCGUCGGUUCUGCAGAAUUCUGAGAUAAACUGCGUUGAUGCCCCGGGGAAAGGAGCCUCUGCCUCGUGUCCUGCAGACACUACGGUGGUCUCCUGCGCCUGUGGGAUGGGCUGUGGCUCGUGGGACAUUCAGUCCAAAACUACUUGUCACUGUCAAUGUUCCAAUAUGGACUGGACCAACGCCCGGUGCUGUAAGAUCCAGAUCAAAUCUUAAUCCUCCAAUCACUUCUGUUCUUUUGUUCCUGGACAAAUAAAGAUUCAGUCUCUUAACCCUC